CCCCCCCCGCGGAGUUGCAGCACGCAGCACGCGGCCCGAGCUCGCCUGCGCGCGCGGCCCGGCCCCCGCCGCCCGCUCCGAAGUCCCCCCCGAUGUCGGCCGGGUCGCCUGCGGGGAGCGCCCGCAGCAGGGAUGCUGGCGACGGCGGCCCUCCAGGUGGCGAACCGCUUUCCCCUACAGUUCGAGAACUUGUGGAGAAGUGCCAUGACGAGAUGUUCCCGACGGAUCCGUUGGACGAGUUGGUGAUUUCCGAAUUACGAAAUCAUGACAUCGUUUCAAUGCGUGAUCUCAGCAUGCCCCCCAGCGAAGGACUUCUAAAGAGUCCUGUAUGGUCGCUCGUUGAGCUGAUGCAGAAGAAGGCUGCGGUUCAAAAAUUCGUCGACCCUGGCGCCAGGAGCGCCAAGCGUGCCCGCACGGCCGCGGACGCGGAGAGUGGGCCGGGCCCCCGCCACGGAGGGCCCGCACCCGGGGUGGUGCAGUUCUGCACGGCGAGGGACGCCCGGCUGGACGACAUCCAUCUCGGGGACGCGGUGAUCAGGGGCAGCGCCACAGGGGGACCUGAACGUCGGAGGAGGACAAGGUAGCCGUACCUCUGCCCCCCAGCCCGGUUUUCCCCUUUUUGGGCCUCCUGGGCGGCCCUCGUCGCCGCCGCUGGAUUCGCCCCGAAAUCUUGGUCAGAACCCACUCCAUGAGAGGCCCAGGGAGCAGCGGUAUCGGUACCUUUUGAUUCCCCCAGAUCAGGGGCAAGGUGACGACGAACCACACGCGGAACCGCCGCAUGAAGUACCUGCGCAAGCCAGAAUGGAUCGCGACGUUCUGCGGCGCGUUCCGAAUCAAUCCUCCUGCCAAUUUGACCGAGCGACACCUCAGGCAUGAGAAGUUCAAGGACAUGAAACAGUUUGAAUACUUCCUCUGGGAAGACAUCUGUAACCAGCCGCUCUUCGACUCCAUCAGUUUUGAGAUCUGUCGUAAACUCAACGUCCUUCAGGACGAUUUUUGGUUCGAGACAGACCAAGGACAUCGCCUGCGCAAUGUCGACGGAAUCCUGGAUAAGUUCAAGUAUCUCGACGGAGAGACAUCCCAUCGGGACAAGGAACAUCCCCCAGAGUUUCACGGCAAGCCUGUGAUUGACAUCCACGUCGUAGUGAAGCGCUGGGAGUGAGCAGCGACCACCGGUUUUCUUUGCAGUUUCGAGUUCAGACGCCAGGGGGCAGGAGGCGGGGUCGGGCUCGCGCACUUAGGAGGCCGAUCCCUGUACAUAGAAGGGGCCGCGCGGCACAGCCGCGAGUUCGCGCCUGCUUAGAUAUGCUGGGGCACCUCAUCCGGUCGAGGCGCACGGGGGACUGCUUAGACCGAUGGGUGGUCCCCGCGGUGUGGACGGGUGUGCCCAGGGCAAACUGUUCGCUCGCGGGGCUAGGAGCCCUCUGGAGGA